AUGCAUGAUGGCUGGUUGAGGUUUUGUGGGAUGAACGACUGUUUCAUGGGCCUUCAUGCUGGCGGCAGGAUUUAUAAGAAAGGUGUCUCUUGUGCUAAUGGUGAUCAGUGGCUUCGGGAAGUUGAUUUCACUCCAUUGUGUGGUAUUGGCCAAUCUUCUGCUAUAUGCUUGGAGCUUCCACAUCAGGGGCGACUUCAAAAAUUUCCUAGCGAUUUUAUCAAUUAUGAAGAAAAUGAAAGCCAAUUGGUUCUUCAGAAAGGGUCUAACUUCUCUUGCAAUUCAGGUCUUGUCCCCAUUGUGAAUCCACCCCGAGGCUUCAACUUGCCAUAUAAAAUAUUGUUCAAGAUCAACUCCUUAGUUCAAAAUGGGAGUCUUCCUGGGCCAGCAAUUGAUAUAAAUUUUUGUCGGUUGGUCGAUCCUAAGAGAAUAAAACUUGAGUAUAUAGAAAGCGCCUUGGAAAAAAUGUAUCAUUUAAAAGACUGCUGCUAUGACCCUGUAAGGUGGCUUAAGGAGCAGUAUAAAAGAUACGCCACAGAUAGGCGACUUCCAACACCUCCUGCUAUAUCUUUAGAUGAUGGGUUGGUAUAUGUACACAGGAUUCAAAUAACUCCAUCUAAAGUAUAUUUCCGUGGUCCAGAGGUGAGUCUCUCCAAUCGUGUCUUACGCAAGUAUCCUGAAGAUAUAGAUAAUUUUCUUCGUGUUUCUUUUGUUGAUGAGGACUUGGAUAAACUGCACUCAACAGUUUUAUCUCCUGCCGCAAAUGAGGACAAGCAAACUAGCAUUUAUGAGAGGAUACUUUCCACUCUAAGAAAUGGCAUAGUUAUUGGUGAUAAGAGGUUUGAGUUUCUUGCCUAUUCAAACAGUCAAUUACGUGAAAAUUCUCAUUGGAUGUUUGCUUCAAGAACUGGUCUUACUGCUGCAGGCAUUAGAGUGUGGAUGGGUGAUUUUCAUGAAAUAAGGAAUGUGGCAAAAUAUGGUGCCAGACUGGGUCAAUCUUUUAGCUCCUCCAGGGAAACUAUGCAUCUUGAGAGGCAUGAAAUUGAGAUGAUUCCUGAUGUAGAAGCUAAAAGGCUUGGAAUCACAUAUUGUUUCUCUGAUGGUAUAGGGAAGAUAUCUGUAGAAUUGGCUCGCAAAGUGGCUUCAAAAUGUGGCUGCAAAAGUUAUGUUCCAUCUGCCUUUCAGAUUCGAUAUGGUGGGUUUAAAGGUGUUGUUGCUAUUGAUCCAACAUCAUCAAUUAAGUUGUCAUUAAGAAACAGCAUGUGUAAGUACAAUUCAAAGAACACAUCCCUGGAUGUUUUGACAUGGAGCAAGUAUCAACCUUGUUUCCUUAAUCACCAAAUUAUCAUUCUUUUAUCUAACCUCGGGGUUAGUGAUCAAGUUUUUGAAAAGAAGCAAAAGGAGACAAUAGAUCAACUUAAUGCUAUACUAACAGAUUCGUUGAUCGCACAUGAAGCAUUGGAGUUUAUGUUCCCAGGAGAGAUAUCGAACAUUUUAAAGGAAAUGCUAACUUGUGGUUACAAGCCAGAUGCAGAACCAUUUCUUUCAAUGAUGCUACAAGUAUUACGUGUAUCUACAUUGAUGGACUUGCGGCACAAAACAAGGAUAUAUGUUCCAAAUGGAAGAUCUAUGAUGGGAUGUCUUGACGAAACCAGGACAUUGAAAUAUGGUCAAGUAUUUGUGCAAAUUUCUCGUUUUAGUAGGCAGCUCGGUAGCGAUUCCUCACUCAAGUUUACUGCUAGCAGUUCAGAACCAAACAAUUUUAUUUUUGAAGGCAAGGUAGUUGUUGCUAAAAACCCCUGUUUAUAUCCAGGAGAUGUGCGUGUUCUAAGGGCUGUUGAUGUGCCAGCUUUGCAGCACAUGGUGGAUUGUGUUGUUUUUCCGCAAAAGGGAAUGAGGCCUCAUCCAAACGAAUGUUCAGGUAAUGAUUUGGAUGGAGAUAUAUACUUUGUCUGUUGGGACCCUGAUCUUAUUCCUCUUGACCACAUCGAUCCAAUGGAUUACACUGCAGCACCAACUAAGCUAGUUGAUCAUGAUGUUACAAUAGAGGAAGUUCAAGAGUAUUUCCUCGAUUACAUACUCAAUGACAAUUUAGGGAUCAUUGACAAUGCCCACAAAGUCUUUGCAGAUAGUGAGCCUCAUGGGGCAAUGAGUGGUAAAUGCAUUGAGCUUGCAAAGCUACACUCAAUUGUUGUUGACUCCCCAAAAAGUGGGGUGGUAGUCAAAAUGCCACAUCAUCUGCGUCCCAAAAAAUAUCCAGAUUUCAUGGAAAAGCCUGAUAAACCCACUUAUAAAUCACAAUCUGUUAUCGGCAAGCUUUUUCGAGAAGUGAAAGACAUUGCAUCAUGCAGUAGUAGCCCUAUAAACCCCUUCACCAGAGAAGCAGCAAAUCAGUAUUAUGAUCCCAGUAUGGAAGUUGAUGGCUUUGAGGACUACAUCAACGAUGCUUUUGAUUACAAAAGUAAAUAUGAUUCCAAGCUGGGGAAUUUGAUGGACUAUUAUGGGAUUGAAACAGAAGCUGAGAUACUCAAUGGCAAUGUCUUGAGAAAGUCAAAAUAUUUCAAUAAGAAGAGGGAUAUGGAUGUGGAUGCAAUUGAUUAUGCGGUGAAGUCCUUAAGAAAUGAAGCUAGGAGCUGGUUCAACAAGGGUUUUAGUGACUCAAAUUCUUACUCUGAUGUUGUAUAUGCAAAGGCAUCAGCAUGGUAUCAUGUUACAUAUCAUUGCAGCUAUUGGGGUCGCUGUACUGAGGGAAUGGAUAGAGCUCAUUUCCUUAGUUUUCCAUGGUGCAUAUGGGACAAGCUUAUCCAGAUCAAGAAGAAGGCUUUACGCAAGUCAUCUCUAGAGCAUCAUUUCAGUCAUGGAUUGCAUUUGGAUUGAGAAUUUUAGCAUCACAUUUCAAAAUAGUCUCAGUAACUUAUAAGUAUUUUACAUAUGCUACUUUAA